GUGCGGCAUGGACGAGUGGUGCAGCAGCGUCCGCGAGCCGGAGGGCGGGCGCGGCCGCAGCGGGCAGCCGGCCAGCGUGGCCGCCAGCAGCGGCGCGGCGCUGGCCUGCGCGCUGAACUCCAUCUGCGGGGCCACGCCCACGCCGGCGGACAGCGCCGCCACCUCACCCGAGCACAGCGACUCGGUCGACGACACCGACCCCAGCGGGCUCUUCACCGCCUCGUCCAUGGCGGCGUCCGACCCCGACGACCACGAGCACGACGCGGGCGGGGACGCGCUCGCCGCGCUGUCGUCCUGGUCGCAGCCCCACAUCUGCUGCUGUUGCUGCUGCUGUUGUUGCUGCUGCUGCUGUUGCUGCUGCUCGGUCAUCUUGAAGGCCAGCAGCUUCUCGGAGUGCAGCGUGUUGAGCGUGCGCAGCUCGAGGCAGGCGGCGGGCUGAGACGGGUGGUUCUGCGCCACGACCGCCUGCAGCGCGGCGCGCAGCUUGGCCUGCAUGCGCUCGAUGAGAUCGGUGCUGCGCAGCCCCGGGCGGUCGGGGGCGAUCACCACCACCGCGCAGAAGAGCCCCACCUCGGCGCGCUCGGCGAAGUCGAACAUGGAGUCCAUGAGGAAGCGCGCGUUCGACGACGACACUUGCCCGUUCAGGCAGAUCAUGCUGUUCGUCUGCAAAGAGCAAACACAACCAGCUCUUCCCAGCGCCCAAGGAUUCCGCGAAACACACGCGCUCGCUGCACGCGACGUGACUCAGCGCUGCUGGCCACGCCCCAGGCGCCCAACACCAACUCAGCGGAAGCGCCCCACAAACCCACAAAACAACGGAGGGGAAACUCUCCCCAAAACUAA